CUGACGUCAGCAUUUCGGCGGAGAUGGGUGGGGUUACAUCGCCAGAACGAGUGGACUAACUAAUCGCUGAGCACGUCGUGCAGCUCAGUUCUGAAAAUGAACCUGCAAACGCUACAAUAUGUACAAAGAUGCGAGGAGCAAGGCAGAUGCAGGCACAAGAUAAGUCUAUUGAGUUUUUUUUGCUUUUUAACAUUGCAGAACAAUGCACUUAAUCUAAAUGUGACAACAAUAUAGGGGGAAUUUUUAGUCUUGGAAUUUUAGUACAGGGAUGAUAAUUAAUGAUUAUGAUUUAUGUGUUUAGCCUCUGACUAUUGACUCUGUGUGAUAAGUAAUGGGUAUCUUGGCAAACAAUAUGUCACUCAAUCUGUGAUGACUGUCGUCGGUUGUACUGUUUGUGCUAGAAAGGCAGAAGACCAGAAAAGGAGAGGGAAGCAGACACACAUAAGAAACAAGAACACCAAGCCUUAACAAACACACUAGCCAUUAUUGCAUAACUGAAGCAAACACAACCCCAGGCCACUGCCCUUCUCCCACUGCUAUCACCCCAUGACCUCUUCAUCAAAAAUUGUCUGCCAGAUUAAUUUAAACUAAAUUUUUAAGUUUUUUUUGUAUCUUCUACAGUGUUUACUAAUCCUUUUGUUUGGGAAUUGUCUGCAAUACCCUAAUCUGAAUAUGCAUUUCUUAUUCCCAUUUGUUUCCUUUGUGUUUUUCUAUCCUGUAUUAAUUAGCCAGUUUUAUCUAUGACAUACAUCUUUCCUUGAGUGCUUACUGCUUAUAUUUUGAGAAAUAAUUAUUUAUUUGGAAGCUUAUCAAACACCUUUUGAAACCGUAAAGUUAUUUAAUAUAUUCAGUUUGUCUUUCAUUUUUCUGCUCUCUGGAUGCAGCUAAGUAGUACCACACUGUAGUCCCUGUACUUAAAUCUCUCACACACUGGUUGGUAUUCGUGGCUGUGCACUGAGUCGUAUACUGCAAUUUUGUCUGCAAAACGUCUAUGUUCAGUGUCCAGGUGUAUUGACAUUUGUUUUAAAAAAUAACUGAUCAUUUUUCAAAGUCCUGCUGUUCUCCUUUUAAACAGUAGAUGGGGCUCCUCGUUUCUCAGAAUGGUUUAGGCUCCACUCUCUUUUGCCGUGCGGCAGUCUGUGGUGGAGUCGGUGGUGGUUGCCUGGUGACGAGGAAGCCGUGGAUGAUUUCCUGUUGUAGAUGGGACUGGUCCAGGGUCUCCAUAAUGUCAUUUCUUAUUAAAUAAUGUGGAAUUGCAGAUAUCCGGAUAGGAAAGCAUUUUUCCGUUAGGGCGAAAUCAGGCCGCCUGAUGCCGCAGCAUGGAGAACUAUUCCUUCAUCAGAGUGGUGGGCAAGGGGAGCUACGGGGAGGUGACUCUGGUCAGGCACAAAGUCGAUGGAAAACAGUACGUCAUUAAGAAGCUGAACCUGAGGAACUCAUCCAAGCGUGAGCGUAAGGCUGCAGAGCAGGAGGCCCAGCUGCUGUCACAGCUCCGCCACCCCAACAUUGUAACUUACAGGGAAUCAUGGGAGGGAGAAGACUGCCAGCUGUACAUCGCCAUGGGCUUCUGUGAGGGAGGAGACCUCUAUCAUAGGCUGAAGGAGCAGAAGGGCAGGCUCCUCACUGAAAGACAGGUUGUGGAGUGGUUUGUCCAGAUUGCAAUGGCAUUACAGUAUUUGCAUGAGAAACACAUCUUGCAUCGGGACCUGAAAACUCAGAACAUCUUCCUGACAAAAACAAAUAUAAUCAAAGUUGGAGACUUGGGAAUCGCCAGGGUUCUGGAAAAUCAGAAUGACAUGGCCAGCACGCUCAUCGGCACACCGUAUUACAUGAGCCCAGAGCUGUUCUCUAACAAACCAUACAACUACAAGUCAGAUGUCUGGGCUCUAGGCUGCUGUGUGUAUGAAAUGGCCACACUGAAGCAUGCUUUUAAUGCCAAGGAUAUGAACUCUUUAGUUUAUCGUAUUGUAGAAGGAAAGCUUCCACCGAUGCCAAAAGAGUACAAUCCUCAGCUUGGGGAGAUAAUAAGGAGCAUGCUCAAUAAAAGACCUGAGGACCGACCAGAAGUGAAGCAUAUUCUGAGACAGCCUUACAUAAAGCACCAGAUUUCUGUGUUUUUAGAAGCCACAAAGGAAAAAACUGCUAAAUCCAGGAAAAAAGUUUCAAAUUGUAGGCCCAGUAAUGCAGCUUCAGUGGCUUCUACACAUUUAAACCAAGACAGCCUACAUCAGCGACCCCCUGAGCCCAACAAGAGGAAGGUGAUGAAGAAAGAAAGCUGUUCACGGCUAAACAAGGAAAGCACCACUGCCUCAGGAAUACAACCUUGCCCAAAACCAUUUCCUCAGCAGGCCCUUGGCCAAGAUAUUUUCCACAGUACAGGACUGUCAUUAGCUACCAUUAGCGGAAUUGAUAUUGAUGUCAAGCCAAGCGAAGAAAGAAAGAAUAAGAAAGGAGAGCUGCUGACACCUGAUACAUGCCUGAAAGAGCUCUCAGGUGGCAGUGGCAGUGAAGAGUUAAAGAGGCUGUCGAAUGGCUCUGCAGCUCAAGAUGCUCAGCCCCAGCAGGUUCUAAAGACAGCAAACAAAACAACAGUUCCUGUCAACCAUCCAGACUGGACUGAUGAUAUGACUGACAAAGACAACACAUUGAAGCUUCUUCAAAGCAUCAGUAUGAAAAAUAACUUACCUGAACUGAAGGAAACCUUGGACACAGAAAAGCUUCUUGAGCCUUUUGUCCCUGUUAUAAUACCGGAGCUCUCCCAUGAGGGUGCCCCUCCUCCUCCAGGUCAGGGUGCUCCUCAGCUGCAGCCUCACUCUUCAACCUCCGAGCCAUCACUCUCCCGCCAGCGCCGACAAAGGAACAGAGAGAAGGCUCAGGAGAGCAAAGACCAGUUUAAAGCUGUCCCACCCAGGCCUUUGCCAUCUCCCCCUAGAAGCACUGACCUGUCAGAUGUCAAGAAGAGUCAAGGAAAUAUGGAAAACCCUAAACAUGGACUAUGCUCUCAUCUUUGCAGCUCCAGUGACAGUGCAGUAGCUGUGUCACAGGAUCGCCCACUGUCUGCUAGAGAAAGGAGAAGACUCAAACAGUCCCAAGAAGGGAUCUCCCACUCUGCAGUUCCGGCAUCCAGAAGGGCCUCAUGCAGCACAGUCACUGAGAACAAGCAUCCAAUCGGUCAUAGUGUAGCAGGCAGCUCUUCUGCAACAGACAUUGUUACCAAGGUGGAGAAGCCCCAGAGUAGGUUAGCCCAGCGCCAUUCUGAUGAAGACGAGUGCAGUUCUUCCACCAGCUCCACAGAGCGUUUAGAGGGAGACGGCAGAGAGGGAAAGAGUGACUCCAGUGAGAUGCAGGAUCUUGUACAACUAAUGACCCAGACAUUAAGAAUGGAUUCCAGAGAUACUGGCUGUGUACACGAACAUCCCAUACCACUGCGUGAAUUCAAACUCAACAGGAAAUACAGAGACACACUUAUACUGCAUGGAAAAGCAAAAGAGGAGCAAGAAAAUUUCUACUUCAGAGAAUUUCCUACAGAUUCUACUUCUGGACCUGCUAAGAUCAAAAGAGUGAUUGAGUGUCUCAGGACUGAUGCAGUAAAGGGGCUGGGAGUAAAACUGCUAGACAAAGUCCUUGAUAUUAUGGAAGAGGACGAUGAAGUUAAGAGAGAGCUGCACCUCCGGGAGCAGAUGGGAGAAGACAAGUAUAAACAGUAUGCUGUGAUGGUUCGACAGCUCAAGUUCUUCGAAGAUGUCAUUUUUAAAGAGUGAUGUUUUUUGUAUAAAACAAUAAUAAGGAAUAAUUAUAAUAACAAUAAUAAGGAAGGGAAACGUUCCUGUUAGUUUGCAUGGUGCUGGAAAAAGACCUUGAAAUACACUGUGGAUGAAGAUGUGGUUUUAUCAAUAUAGAGGCUGUAUUCAGUUAAGCAGUACUCAUUGUGCUGAAGACUUGCAAUGGUUUGGUGUAUAUUUAUUAAUGUAGAUUAAUUAUUAUUUUAAGUAGAAAAUACAUUUUUGAAAACAUGUUUAUAAAAUUAAAAUUAUUAGAGAUAAUUAGAAAUUUGUUUAAAUUCAUGCAACAUAUUGUUGCUACUGUUUGAUCUCACCUGAAGCUUAGCAGCAAAACUAAGGUCAGUCUUUUUCAUAGCUUAGUAUUCCUUUCAAUAUUUUGUUAGAAACUAUAUUAAUUCCACAUACAGCUAUUUUUGGACUGUUCACAUCUAUAUCUUUUAUAAUUAUGUAUUGAGGUUAUAUUUCCCCAAUACCUGUCAGGAUCAUGGAUGUUAUAUUUUCUGUACUCUUAUUUUAAAAAAAAUAUAAAUUUAAUGAAUACCUCUUAGAGCACUGGAUAUGCUCCAAGAGAGAUCUGAGAGAUAACCAUGUUUUAUAUGCAAAGGAACUACUGUAGUAAGGACAAGGGUAAGGACAUGCUGAAACUUUUGUAUGUAAUUAACCUCAACUUUAAUUGCUCUUCUGCAGCCAACCCACUCUGAUACAGCUCCGCACUUGGACCCUGUCUUUAGAAUUGAUCUUAGAGUACUUUUUCUUUCACACUACACAAGGUACUGUAUAUCACUCACUGAGAGGUGGAUAAGAAUUCUCACUUUAAACUUUGUAAAUAUCAAACCAAAAGCAACACAAGAAUGACUCUAAGAUACAAAGAAUAUUAUUAAAACAUCUAAAAAUACAGUAAAUCAUUGCCUGUAUCUAUACAGGCAAGUGGAAAAAUGAAUUGAUACAGUAUUUUAAACCAAAUUUCCUCUCUUAAUAAAUUUCUCUGACAUCUGAUAUACUGUGAAUAAUUGUGGAGUAUGGGUAGCAUUUUUAUAAUAAUCUGGAAAUUUAAUGUUUCACCACUUUUUUAACUGCUAUGAAAACAUUAGGUAUGCAUUUAGAGACAGCAGAUGCUUUCUGGAUUCUGGAGAAGUGGAUUCUGGAUGUACAGUAUACUACAGAUUGAUACAGCAGAUAAACUAGUCCAUCUGUAUUUCUGAACUAAUUUUUCAUACAGUACGUGAAUAUUGACUGUAAUGCAGAUCUUUUUACACUUGGUUGUUUCUUUAUUUGUAUAAUGGUUGCAAUUAAUAAAGUUGUAGGAACAAAAACAAUUUGCUUUGCUUAAUUUCCUCAAUUGUCUUUUUUUUCCCCACGCAUAAAAAUACCUGUAUCUGACAGUUUGCAUUAAUAUGCAUUUCCUAAACGCUUUAAUAGUAUGAAAGUACAGCUCAGAGAAAUUUUGAAAUGAGU